AUGUCGUCCUCAGAUGACACAUCAAAGGCCGUCGUCGAAAAGGUCGACGAGGGUUUCAAGGAGAGCAGCCGCAAGUUCGAUGCCAAGGAUAAGAGCGAAUAUUUUGAUCCGUGCCAGGAGUUUGCCCAGAAGAGCAUCAGGUGCUUGCACCGCAACGGAGGCGACCGCUCCAUGUGCGGCGACUACUUCCAAGCAUACAGGGAUUGCAAAAAAGCAUGGUUCGAGAAGAAGAAGGAAGAGCGCAAGAAGAACGGGGCAUGGUGGUGA